AUGGGAGCGUUGGAGCGAGCCUCGAUUUACGUCGAGCAGAAAACUCACGACCUUUUUUACUGGUGUGGCCUGAAAAUCGCUGAUUGGCCCAAGACUUUUCUCUUCGUAUGGUUCGUUUUUUUUUUAGAAAGUUCUUUUUAGCGCAAAUAUGGUUAAAAUAGGGGAAAAACUCAGAUUAUUCUCUUUUUGUGUCUUUUUUCACUUCUAUUGAAGUUUUGUUACCUCAAUUUCUGUCUAGUUAUUCUAAUGGCUGAUCAAUAAAUCAUGUAAUUGCGCAAAGCCGGGGACCUUCUCUCAAUCGGGAUCCCGCGCACGUCGAGAAAUCUAGUUUCGAAGCUGAAGGCUUGUCGGACGACAUUCCAAUAAACGACGCCGUCAUUUCCGAUUUUGUUUCAUUUUGGGAACUUUUUUCGGAAGAGAUUUUGAGAAUGGAUUGAAGGCUCCGAUAAGAAUUUGAAAAAUUAAAGUAUUUAAAAAAUCUGUAUUAUAAUCUAGAAGCUGUAGAAGACCGAAAAAAACGGAAAAUCUUGAAUUUCUGAAUUUUUCGACUUGAAUUUGAACUUCCAAAGUUUUUUCUCUUUCUUUUCUGAUUUAAUAUUGAUUAAAGGCACAUCAAUGGGUCAUAUUUCUCAUUUAAAAUAAAAAAACGCGAUUUUUUUCUGUUUCAUUUUUUUUUAACACACAAGCCGUGUUGAAAGUAAGAAGCCACCAGAAAGUGAAAAACAUAAUUAGGCUUGGUUUUAAAUUUCGCGAAAAUUACUUUGAACGUGGCAUGUGCGAGAGCGCCGCGGUGCAUGCACACGACACAUUACACUUUACGGAAACCGUGUUUUAAAUCAGCACUGAAAUUUCGAUACUUUAUUCUUUCCGAAUCUAGAAAGUAAUUCGUAAUCAUUGCGUUUUUUGGAAAGAUCUCUAAAUUUUCUCGAUAAUGUUUAGAUAUCUGAAACCUUUUUUUUUCCACAAUCUCGUCUUAUAAACUUCUAAAAGCUCUCAAAAAAUCGUUGAAGACACGAAAAAUGACGUUUUGGAGGCCUCCUGGAGGAAACAAGGCCAAUCGGCUCAUUUUCCCCAUCCACCUGGCCCGCUAAACGAUGUGUCACUUUCAUUUUUUGAUGUUUUUCCUUGAUUUUGAAGGGUUAAAGGUAUUUGGAGGAGAAGAGAAAGUACAUGGAAGGAGCGAAUUCGAGACAUUUUCUUCAAGUUUUAAUUGAACAGACCUCCAGAAAGUUUGAUACAACCAACUAAAAAAAAAGAAUAAAAGUAGAUUCCAAAGAAAAUAUUAACAAAAAAUUCAAUUUUCGACUUUCAGCACAGUAUGGGCUUUGGCGAUGUGCGCCGGCGUCGUCCGCUUCAAAGAGGUCAAUAACGUUCGCGAUCACUUCAGGUGCCACUUGAGAGUUUCAAGGAACUAUUUCGCCUUUUUCAGUGCCUCGACGUCUCCUUCUCGAUAUGAGUUCCGAGUGGCGCGGGAAUUCUUCCAGGAGCUUGGAAGCCCAUUUCACGUCGUCGUCGCCAUGAAAACGGCCGACGAUGGCAAUAUUUUGAGGAAAAAGUUGGUUUUUCUUUGUCACAAAGGAAAAAAUUAAUGUAUCUGUACAAAAAUAUACAAAAAACGAAUUUCAACUGUGUCUCGCUGGCUCGACUCUCCAAGCGCUGAUUGUCAAACUCGGUCUUCGAUUCCUCCUGGGUCCUUCCUUCUUUUUCUUCUCGAAACACCAGAAAUUCAUGAAAAGCUUCCGUUUUGCAGUGCUCCCAAUGAUUAUAGAUAGCGGAACGACGAAGUCUGAAAAAUUGAAGAAUGAAAACCGCGUAUAGUCUGUGUGCCACAUUUCAUUCAUUUCAUUUCAAGUGUUUAUUCGCCAUUCCGCAAUCAGCACGACAAAUACAAAAAAAUAAAACAUCAAGACAAUCAAAUAAAUCUAACAGCUGAUCUGUGGAAACGGCUGGAGGAAAAGAUUGUCUGAGUAGACGGUGCUAACCCCCAUUUGGUAUUUAAGUUUGUUCUUUGUAUUUUUUUAAUAAGUUAGAAUUUUUUUCUAGAUUUUUAGUAGGAUCUAAUGAUUUCAAAAACGAUGUGUUUGAUUCGAACCAUGAGGUGAGCAUAAUCUGAAACUUGCCGAUUUCGUAUUCAAUGAUAGUUUCUCUCUCCAGUUGGUUCCAAAUGGGUAUGACUCUAUGAUUUAGGAAGCGUUGUUUGAUCAAUUCAUUCACACGACUUGAAAUUUCAUGGAACGACAUUCCGCUGUUCCGCUGCGUGCGUUCGCCAAGCGUCUUUCGAAUCUAAGUGACGCUUCCAAUUGAUUGUUAUUGCUGUGGGAGCACAGGAAAGUAGAGAACCUUCAUAAAAGAAAAAAUAAAUAAAAGCGGAAUGUCGUUCGGUGAAAUUCCAAGUUGUAGUACACAGGCUAUACAUCCAUUACAAAUCAAUUAACUACUGAAAUGAGAAAAAAAAACAUACUGCAAGUGCAAGCCAAGCAGACGUCGAGGAAAAGGCGAUCAGUACCUUCUAGACGCUUCGGACAAGCCUCGAUAAAUAGUUGCACCGUAACGGCAAACUUCAAAUGUUGAAGUCAAGGUUAUUGUAUAGUCAAUGUUUCCCGACUUAAAAGGCGAGGGAAGCGGGACGCGUAGCGUGUGCGUAGCGGUUCUUGGCGCCAGUUCAAUUCAAUCGCCGCCGACUUUUUGAAAAGCUCGGCAACCGCUUUUUUUUGUAUUUUCUCCUUUUUUUUGAUGCACGCAUGAACAUAAUCAAUAAAUAAUUAAAAAAGUAGUGAAAAGAGCGAUAAAUGAGCUCUCUGAAUGCUCGCUGGCGGUUGAACUCGUGCCAAGAACCGCGUACGCACACGCUACGCGUCCCGCCCCUUGCCCCGCCUCCCUUGCCUUUCAAGUCGGGAAACAUUGACUAUAUUUUAAAAGGUAUCUCACCAAUUGAAAACUAGCAAUCGGUAGAGCCUGCCUCAAAACAGCACUGUGUUCAUUGGCAACUCGGCUGUUUCUAGUUUGAUGCCUUACUGCGGACAGAAUACAGCAGUAGCCAAUGAAAGAAAAUAUUGAGAACACUAUUCGGAGCCCGAAAUCGACCUGAAAAUCUUCGAUUUCUAAAAAUCAUCUUCUACUCACCACAAAACAAAUCGAAGAGUAAAUGCUGAUAGGAUCGUGUUUCAGUGUUGGAUCUUUUUUGUAGAUCAUAAAAGUGUAGGAAAAAACGGAUAUGACCCCGAUGAUUGGACAAAGUAUUAGAAAUAUUGUAGGACCGACCCUGGAAUUUAUUUGAAAUGUUUUGAAAAAGAAAAUUUUCCUGCAACAAUUUUUUUACAGUUCAAUGAGAAGCUUCAAAUUUGGUAGUUAUAGCUGAUUCACGGCCAGCUUGGGACGCGAAGGGGGCGUGUCCUAUCUGCGCUCUCCACGAGCCAGGCGCUAUCUCGUGCAUUUUCGCGUCAGGACCAUUUUUCGAUGGCUCAGGCCACUAUAGAGGCUCGCCAAAGACUACUUGGAGAGGACACUAAAGUGGCCACUAUUUUCCGGUUUAGUGGCCACUUCAGUAGUUUUUCAUCCAGUAUUUCUUCCAGUAACUGAUAAUUUUAAAACAAACAGAUUGGACCAGUUAUGUUGAUCCAUUGACCCCUAGAGUGGCCACUAAAAUUUUUAUUGGUCUAGUAGUAGCACUUAGACCUCUAUAGUGGCCACUAAGUUUUAACCCCUCAAGUGGCCCCUAAUUUGACUACUAUGGUGGCCACUAAAAAGUCAAAACCCUAUAUUGGCCUCUAAAAGUUUUCCCAGGAGAAGCUUCAAAUUUAGCAGUCCCUAGACCAAAAAAAAAAACUAAUUUUUGACAGUUCUAUAAGAAAAACUGAACUAGGCCUUCCUUAAUAACUAAUUGAUUUUGAAUGAGUUAUACGCUUUAUUUGACUUUUCUAUGAACCCCAAUAAAGAGUACCGAACCAGUGAAAACAGUUCGUGAGAGACUUGAAGCCGUCGAAAAAUGCACAAAUUCGGUGGAGACAAAGAAGAACGUCUAAUAAGGAGAUUUGUGCCGGGGAAAGCAACAAAAUCGACACAAAAAAUGUCGCGAAUGAAGAUUUUGGGAAAAGAAAUGCGACAAAUCCGCUGAUGACUGUUGAGGAAGUUGAUAAAAUGGCUAUCAUUGACAUGAUCAGCAUGAGUGGGUAGUAGGACAGCUGAAACUUUUUUUCAAUUUAAAGGCAUAGGAGCAGUGAAAAACGGAGUUUCAGGUGGGAGCAGUAUCUUAUAUAGUUUUUCAUUGCGAAUCGAACUGAGCUAUCAAAAAAAUCACAGAUGAGACUACUUUUGAAGAAACACGUUUUGCGAUUAAAGUUUGCAAACUAUACAUGAAUAGAAAGCUUUUGUGACAAAAAGAACUUUGGUGACGACGGAAAAAAUUGAAAAUUGAAAGAAACGAAGAAAAAAGGGAAAAUUCAAAAAAUGGCGGAACGUGCUGUCCAUAGAGCAACUUUACUGCAAAACGGCCUUUUGGCGGGAACUCAAGCUUUCCUUUCUCCGACUUUGAAUUUUUUUUUUCUCUAAAACUAGGAAAUUCGGUACGUUUUCAAGUUUACCGUUCGACUCGCAAUGAAAAGCUCUACAAAUUACUGCUUUGAACUGAAACACCGUUUUUUACGGCCCCUAUACCCUUAAAAAAACGGUUUUGACAGAAAUACUGGUAGAAAUCUAGCAAUUCAACUUUUGAUUGCGAUUUUUGAAGUUCAGUCAAAGUUCGAAAUGUUCAACAUACCUUGGACUCUUGUCGGUACGUCUUCGUGAAAAUAAAAAUCAGUCUGAAAUUGACGAAAACAGAAAAAAGCGUUUCCAGAAGGAAGAGCACAGCCAGAACAUCAAAAACGCAAGAAAUCGGCGUUUCCGAAGGUUCAAUAGUCAUAAAAUUGUUGGAAAAGUGUCAAUGAGCCAAAAAUUCGACUCAAAGUCGGAACUUGAAAAGAGUUUCGGGCAUUUUGAAGGCGAAGAAAACAGGUGGAAUAUAAUAUUCUCAGUUUCGGGAUUAAUUGACGUCAGCUUUUCGAUUGUUGUUUGGGUGUAAAUUGAAAAUUUUAGUUUGGUUCUCAGAAAAAAACGAUUUAGAAACAGGGAAAAAAAGCUGGCUCAUAGUUGAUUAUAGGAGGAUUUGCUGGUAAUUGUGGGUUUAGGAUUUGCAAAUUCGAAGAAUAACAAAAGAUGACAAGGUUUUUAUAAGUAUUUGAACUUUGAUUUUUUGAAAUUUUUGUGUGUAGUUUCACGUCUUCCAAUAUUAUAGUCAAUGUUUCCCGACUUGAAAGGCGAAGGAGGCGGGGCAAGGGGCGGGACGCGUAGCGUGUGCGUACGCGGUUCUUGGCACGAGUUCAAUUCAACCGCCAGCGAGCAUUCAGAGAGCUUAUUUAUCGCUCGUUUCACUCCUUUUUUAAUUAUUUAUUGAUUAUGUUCAUGUAUGCAUCAAAAAAUAGAAGAAAAUACAAAAAAAACGCGGUUGCCGAGCUUUUUAAAUAGUCGGCGGCGAUUGAAUUGAACUGGCGCUAAGAACCGCCUACGCACACGCUACGCGUCCCACCUAACUCGCCUUUCAAGUCGGGAAACAUUGACUAUAUCAACUAUGUUCAUUUUGAAAGUUUUCAGUUACAUCGAUAAGGCGCUGGAAAUCGAAGAUUAUCUUCAAUACAAGCUGCAAGUCGAGCACGAAGGAAGGAAUUACUCCUACUCCGACUUUUGUGGAACUCAAUGUGAAACUUCGGACGCUGUGAGUUCAAUAGAACUUUCUCAAAAAAAACUCCUUUUAAGGUUAACAUUUUUCUGACCAUGUUCCGGGAUCAACAAACCCGGCAACAAGCCCAUGUGAAGCUGACCUAUCCAUCUAUGGACGUUUUCGGACAUCGGGUUUAUUUGGCCAAUAAUAUCUUCCAAGUCACCAUCAACAACAGGUAACUCACAUGAAACAGCAAAAGUUCCAAUAUUUUCAGGUCACAAAUCGUUGAGGCUUCCAAAAUGGUCGCUAUCAACUUCCACGCAAUUUACAGCAACGAAACUCUUCUCACAAUAAUGAAGAAGUGGGAAAAGGUUCCAAUAAUUUUCGUUCCCUUUGAAGAAUUUCUUUUUUCAGAAAGUGUUUGAAUAUUCGCAAGAAACCAUCAACGAUCCAUUGAUCCGGGUUUACUGCACCAGUGAGGGAUUAGUUUCGGAGGAAGUUCGAAGGACAGGUGAAAAUUUCAGUUUUGAUGAUUUUUUGAGAUGGAGCCGUACUGGGAAAAAUUUUAGUGGCCACUAUAGUAGUCAAAUUAGUGGACACUUAAGAGGUUAAAAAUUAGUGGCCACUAUAGAAGUCUAAGUGCUACUUCCAGACCAAUAAAAAUUUUAGUGGCCACUUUAGGGGUACAUGGCUCAACAUGGCUGGUCCAAUCUGUAUGUUUUAAAAUUAUCAGUGUAACUGGAACGAAUACUGGAUGAAAAACUGCUUAAGUGGUCACUAAAACGGAAAAUAGUGGCCGCUAUAGAGGUGGGUUUAGUGGCCACUUCAGUGUCCUCUCCAAGCAGUCCUUGGCGAGCCUCUAUAGUGGUCACUAAAAAUGUUUUCAGUAGGUCGAAUGGGAAUGAGUCAAUUUUUAAAGCUAAGAAGGGUAAAAUGGGCCGAUGAAACCGGAAUCAUGUCAAUCAGACCAAAAAUUUGAAGCAGAAAAUCAAAAAAACUCUUUGUUCAUUUUCCAAAGCAUUCCAGGAAUCCUGGCGAUGCCAUUGAUGGGUGUGACUUUCCUCAUAAUCCUGUCUUUCACCGUCAUAACAACUUUGAAACGAGAUCCAGUCAGGAGCAAGCCUUUUGAGGCGUUUUUGGGCGUCAUUUGCCCGCUCCUCUCUCUUUGCGCCUCUUUUGGACACCUUUUUUGGGUGAUUUGAUCAAAAAAACCCUUCAAAAAAUCAAUAAGUUGGAUUAUAGAUGGGUUUCGAAUACCUGCCCAUCGUCACCGUCGUUCCCUUCUUGAUUUUGUCCAUCGGGGUUGACGACGUCUUCAUUUUCAUCCAUGCUUGGCACCGAACUUCCGUCAAGUUUAUACGAACAACAUAAUUCAAAGAAAUGUUUCUUUUUAGGAAUUCUGUUCGAGACCGAAUGGCUGAAACAUUGGCCGAUGCCGGACCAUCCAUUUCUAUCACUUCUUUGACAAAUCUUCUGUCUUUUGGCAUUGGAAUCUUCACCCCAACACCCGCGAUUUAUGUGAAUUUAUAAAAAAUGUUCCAUGACCAACAUAAUUUUUUACAGACCUUCUGUGUCUUCAUCUCGGUUGCCGUGGUUUAUGACUACGUUUAUCAGAUUUUCUUCUUCUCUGCGGUUUUGGUUCUGGGUGGACAAAGAGAAGCGGAGAACAAGAACGCCUAUUUCUGGUGGAUUGAAGUUCCUCAGCCGGAGAAGGUAACAAUUAGGACCAUAACUCCUCUCAUUUUAACAAUUUCAGAACGUCAAACCGAAACAAAGCAAGUUCAUGGAAAUCUUCAACAAGGUAAUGACAAAGGUCCUCGACUUUUGGGUUGAUUUUAUCAUGGCCACCUGGAGCAAGUUCUUUAUUGGAGGUAAUCAAACUCAUCUGGAUAAUUUUAUUUUUUUUUCUAGCUAUCAUGGUCACAUAUUGGUACGUCAUGAUCAAGGGAGUGAUGAGAAUCGAGGUAGGACUGAAUAUUUGAAAUUUUCCACUUUUAUUCUCAGGUCGGUCUAUCUUCUGAGAAACUUUUCCUCGAUGAUUCACCUCUUCUGGAACUUGUCCGAAUUCAAACUAACGUCAUUUUCAAGGAAGGUGGACAGGUAUUCUUGAUUUGUUUUGCUGGAUUUCAUGAAGUCGAUUAGGUCGCUAUUUUCGUCAACAACCCAGGAAAUAUGAGCGAGCCGGAUGCUGUGCCGGAGAUUAUGAGGAUUUUGAGGUAUAGCUUAAUUUUUUAAAUGAAUUUAUGGAAUAAAUUUUCAGGCGGUUUGAAACGGCGAAUAAUAGCGUAGGCGCAGCAAGUACGCACAUGUGGUUGCUGCCUUACCUGCCGUAUGUUGGGGAACAGGUAGGAAUUGAGGAGCUGUUGGAAGUUUUCAGAGGGCGAAAACUGGCAGCGCCAGCUUAAGCAGACCAAAGUGCCAACUUAAGCAGACCAAAGUGCCAACUUAAGCAGACCAAAGGGCCAACUUAAGCAGACCAAAGUGCCAACUUAAGCAGACCAAAGUGCCAACUUAAGCAGACCAAAGUGCCAACUUAAGCAGACCAAAGGGCCAACUUAAGCAGACCAAAGUGCCAACUUAAGCAGACCAAAGUGCCAACUUAAGCAGACCAAAGUGCCAACUUAAGCAGACCAAAGUGCCAACUUAAGCAGACCAAAGGGCCAACUUAAGCAGACCAAAGUGCCAACUUAAGCAGACCAAAGUGCCAACUUAAGCAGACCAAAGUGCCAACUUAAGCAGACCAAAGGGCCAACUUAAGCAGACCAAAGUGCCAACUUAAGCAGACCAAAGUGCCAACUUAAGCAGACCAAAGUGCCAACUUAAGCAGACCAAAGGGCCAACUUAAGCAGACCAAAGUGCCAACUUAAGCAGACCAAAGUGCCAACUUAAGCAGACCAAAAAAGUUUUUAGGUUGACACACAUUGGUGCUUCAAUUUUUUUCAUUAAAAGCCGGAGAAAAUUUUUUUUCAUUAAAUUUCGGAGAAAAGCCCUAAAUAAUCAAUUUUUCAUUAAAAGCCCCAAAAAAAUGCAAAGAACUUUAUAAAUUUCAAAUUCAGGAACAUGGUUCUAUCGAGUUCAAGUACCGAUACCUACCCGAAUUUUUCAAAUUGAUGGAAUACCGCCGUUGGAGCCACUUCGUUAACCUCGGAGAUCCACAGUAAAUUUUAAUUCUCAAACUUCCAGAAACAUUUUUCCUAGGGACUGCCUCGCGGAACGGCCUGAAUGCCUUCAGAAGUUUGUCUUCUCUACUGGCUUCCACGACGCCGUUUCUUGGAGCGACAGGUGGAUCCCUCAAAAUCUCAAUAAAGUCAAAGAAUUUCUCAGAUUGGCUUUGCUGGAAAAUUGGCGUCAGAUGGCAUCGGAGUACCAACACUUGAAUUUGACGAUCUAUGAAGAUUUCAGCAUGUAUUCUGAUCAGGUAUGAAGGUUUUUCGAUUUUUUUUUCAAGUUUGGUUUCAGCUUCUCACAAUCGUUCCUGUUACUGAGCAAACUGUCCUGUUCGCUUUGAUGUGUAUGAUCAUUGUGUUGAUGCUCUUUACUCCUUCUCCAGUGACGAUCGUGACGUCGACCAUUGCCAUUUUGUCUAUUAACUUGGGUUAGUUUUUUUUCAGGAUGAUUUAUCCAACAGAGUAAAGCAAAUCGAAAUUCUGCUGUUUCACAUUUUGAGUUUAUCAGAAACGAUUCAAAGUUUUUCUCAAAAAGUUAACCAGACCAAAAAUAUUUUUCACAGAUUUUCUCAAAAAGUUAAGCAGACCAAAAAUAUUUUUCACAGAUUUUCUCAAAAAGUUAAGCAGACCAAAAUUCUGUUUCAAAGACUUUCUCAGAAAGUUAAGCGGACCAAAAAAUAUUUUUCAAAGAUCUUCUCAAAAAGUUAAGCAGACCAAAAAUAUUUUUCACAGAUUUUCUCAAAAAGUUAAGCAGACCAAAAUUCUGUUUCAAAGAGUUUCUCAAAAAGUUAAGCAGACCAAAAUUCAGUUUCAAAGUUUUUCUCAAAAAGUUAAGCAGACCAAAAUUCUGUUUCAAAGACUUUCUCAGAAAGUUAAGCAGACCAAAAAAUAUUUUUCAAAGAUCUUCUCAAAAAGUUAAGCAGACCAAAAAUAUUUUUCACAGAUUUUCUCAAAAAGUUAAGCUGACCAAAAUUCUGUUUCAAAGUGUUUCUCAAAAAGUUAAGCAAACCAAAAUUCGGUUUCAAAGAUAUUUUCAAAAAGUUAAGCAGACCAAAAUUUUGUUUCAAAGUGUUUCUCAAAAAGUUAAGCAGACCAAAAUUCUGUUUCGAAGAUUUUCUCAAAAAGUUAAGCUGACCAAAAUUCUGUUUCAAAGUGUUUCUCAAAAAGUUAAGCAAACCAAAAUUCGGUUUCAAAGAUAUUUUCAAAAAGUUAAGCAGACCAAAAUUUUGUUUCAAAGUGUUUCUCAAAAAGUUAAGCAGACCGAAAUUCUGUUUCGAAGAUUUUCUCAAAAUGUUAACCAGACCAAAGUAUCGAGUCAAGUAUUUUCUACGGCGAAAUUCUUAUUUUCAAACUAUGACCUUUUUCUAGGUGUAUUUGGCUGCCUGGUAUACUUAAAUAUCGACUUGGAUCCGAUUUCAGUAAGUUACUCCUAUUCCAUAAAAGUUCUUCUGUUUGAAAUUCAGAUGACGACCCUUUUGAUGGCUAUUGGAUUCUCUGUGGACUUUGUGGCUCAUAUCACUUGGCAUUACUACAAGGGCGAUUAUAACGUAAUUAUUCAUUUAUUAUUUUUUUUUGAGCCAAAUAUUUUUGCAGACAAAACGAGCUCGCAUACGACACGCGUUGGCUUCGAUCGCCUGGCCCAUGUUUCAGGCUGGUACUUCGACAAUGUUGUCGAUUUCUGUCCUGGCGAUGGUCCACGCCUACAUGGUGCAAGUUUUCGUUAAGGUAGGUUUGAAAAAAAACGCCCAUAGAGCAUACUUAAUACUUCAUUUUAAGCUGUCUCCUCUCAAAAAUCCAUUUUCAGGUCGUUAUUCUCGUCAUUUUCCUUGGAAUGAUCCACGGACUCGUGGUCCUACCGGUUGUUUUUGCCGCAUUGCCUUUCAACAAAGUCAGCUCCGUCAAUAAACCGAAGCCGAAUUUUCACGUGACGUCUGAAGACGUCGGAAUGACGCCACCGAAGAAGCCAGAAGAACCAGAACUUUGUGAAAAAAAAUCGAAGGAAGUCGCUGUCAGUCCCGCCUCUAACCGCUGUUCUUCUAGAGCGUGA